GUGCGUCGGAGUUGGCUAAGAUUGCGCAAUUUUACAACUUGCUCCCCACAUAUAAAUGGUGCACGGAAGCCAAAACCACUGAACAACGUUCAAGGCAGCAUUAGAAAGAAGAGGAUGGCUACUCCCAGCAUCUUCGGCGUUAGAAGGACCAUCUUGACCCUCCUGGCAUACGUAACCAGCGCCACCCACUUGCAAGAACAGCCACAGCUAGAUGCCGUUCUUACACAUUGUCAAGAUACAGACACUCUAGCCAAGGGAGAGCGGGCGAAGCUCGACCUCUCUGGAAAAGGUUUCUCCUCGAGAUUGGAGGUCGCCCUCACGCUCGAUAGUGGAGAACGAGGUGAUCACUGCCAACACCUCGUUACGCCAGCAAUUAGACCUAACGUUAUCGGCCAGACACGAGGUACGAUGUCUCUGCUGCCUGCUCACACGAAGAAAAUCCAAGUCGUUGGUGAAGGGCAUGUUUGGUUUUGCAUCAGGGAAACUCGUUUCGUCUCAGACAGAGGGAAAGCAGGUGUGGGAGGAUUUAAGCGAGAGCUGGACGAAGAGGACAGUGCGUGGAUACACCAAGGAGCAGCACUAAAACUUAAUUUGGUCCCGAGGUCAAGGAGGACGAAAUGUAAUUUGAGGAGGCGAACCAAAGAACACAACCACUUGCCCAAACAGGGAACUGAUCCCACCUCGACAUACAUUACCUUUCAGCCAAAUUCAGUUGAAUCUGGAACCCAAGCUGAUCAUGGAAUCCAGAUAGCUCUCAGUUUUAUCCCAGCCAAUGACAGUGAAGAGGCUGUGAAUGAAAUCACUAUUGCCAGACAAAAGAGAAACGCUCGCUCUUUGAAUGGUUCUGAUAACAAUGAAUACGCAGUCAUACCUACGGUGAAACCUCCAGUCGUUUACGACGUCGAGGGAUACUCAGUAGAUGAAAAUAUCCAGGUCAAACUCGGAAAUUUUAUGAAUGAAACAACUGACGUUGCCGGGAAAAAUGAACAUUACGAACCAGGUGGGUGGCCUUUGAAGACGUAUCCAAAAGGUAUUCUUACCAUCCGGGUUGAAGGACUGAGGGUUGAAAACCACGAGAAAGGACUAGAUUACGACGGAUUCUCUGGAAUCCUCUUGGCAAACACAGUGGCCGAAGUCAGGUUCUUCGGUACUGGAUUCACCAAGAAUACGCAGAUCCUCUUCACGGGUGUCGAAGAAGACUUUGGGUCACCGUGUGGGAGCCUAAGCACGCAGUACUUUCCGCUGAAGGACAUUGGCGUAGGAUGGGCAGUUGCCGACGUCUCCUUGCCUCCCAUGUUACCUAGUCAGAAUCGGUGGUACCUGUGCACUCGAUCAAGCCCAUGGGAUCCUACAUAUCAUCAGGGAACGUCACCGUGGCUUUCCUUGAAAUCCUUCACUGAGUUCUUGCCUUUAUGGCUUAAGGCCGUGUUUAUUUCGAUCUUGCUUGUCCUGGCGGGCCUCUUCUCCGGCCUCAACAUUGGCCUGUUGGCCCUCGAUAAAACCGAGCUGCGACUUGUAGCGACCACGGGUACGCCCGAAGAAAAGGAGUACGUCCGGGCUAUCGAACCCAUCCGCUCUCAUGGGAACUAUCUGCUUUGCACUGUGCUGCUGGGAAACGUAUUGGUCAACGCCACCCUCACCGUUUUGAUGGAUGACCUAACCACGGGCCUGAUCGCCAUCAUCACCUCCACGGCGGCCAUCGUCGUCUUCGGCGAAAUUGUCCCACAAGCUAUCUGUACUCGGUAUAGUCUUGCAGUAGGAGCACGAUCAGUAUGGUUGGUCAAACUAUUCAUGGUCAUCACUGGGCCUGCCUCUUAUCCGAUCUCUAAGCUCCUUGACUACAUCUUGGGCGAGGAACUUGGUGUCUCCUACGACAGAGAGCGACUGAAGGAACUUCUCAAGGUGACUCAUCAGUACACUGACAUAAGGCCUGAGGAACAUAAUAUCAUCUGCGCCGCUCUCGACUUCAACAAGAGGACGGUGCUGGAAGUCAUGAGAAAUAUAGACGAUGUUUACAUGUUGAGCAUCGACGUUCAUCUCGGUUUUCAUACCAUUAAUGAAAUAACUCGGAAAGGCUACUCCAGAAUUCCUGUAUACGAAGGUAGUCGAAAGAACAUUGUGUCUCUGCUGCUGACGAAAGACCUAGCCUGUAUCCACCCGGAUGAAAACACACUGCUGAAGACUAUUUGCCACGUCCGCCAACAUCCACUCAACUUUGUCUCUGCUGAUACGACCCUUGAUGCCAUGUUUCGUAACUUCAAAGAGGGAUCCAAAGGCCACAUGGCCUUUGUCUUGUCAGACAAAACGAGGCCAGACGGUUCUUCAUACGCAGAAGUGGUGGGAAUACUCACACUUAACGAUGUCAUCAAGGAAGUCCUUCACGGACAAAUUGUGCAUGAGCCAAUGGUGACAGAUCACUACGACUACACCGAAUUUUCAAGGGAGAGCGACUCGACCAUCCAUCCGCAACUGCAAGUUGCUGCUCUACAGUAUUUACACGCAUCUGUGGACCCAUUCAAGGAUGGGCAACUAUCUGAAGAAAUCAUCAAGAACCUCAUCAGAGACGAAGCCCUGCACUGUGUGGAAGAAGCCAACGAAGAGACUCCAGUGUACCUUUACAAGCAGGGAAAACCGGCUGAUUACUUGGUGCUGAUUUUGGAAGGGCGCGUCGAGGUCAACAUAGGUAAUGAGAACCUCGCCUUCGAGGCCGGUCCUUUCACCUGCUUCGGGGGCGAUGCCCUCUCCCGGAUGCUGGCUGAUGAAGGGGAACCGUCGUCAUCACACAGGAACAAACCUAAACAAAAUACUAAAGGCCAGUCUCCAGAGCCGAAUCUAUCGUUUAUUGCUGAUUAUACGGUGACACUGAAGAGUAAGGUAUCAUACUUGAAAAUUUAUUGUCGUCAGUACAUGGCUGCUCGCCGAGUUUUCCUCGAAGAGCAGUCCCAGUCCCAGGAGACAAACGAACCCGACUCCCUCCCUCCCGAGAGAGCAGAUGCGAGCGAGCAUCAAGUCCAGUAGAAGCGAUCAUUGAGUUUCCCAUUCCGACCGACAGAUGACGGAGGUUGAAUGAGCACCUAUCCAACAGCACGAGCCUUCACGCUAGUUUCAUUUAGAGGAACAAUACUCCAGCAGGAGAUACAAUACUACUUAUCCAACACCAGGUGGAAGAUGGUGAUGUAAAUAUAAAAUGUUACUGCUAGGGAUGUAAAAUUAUUCACGAUACAAAGAAUAAAACUUCAAA